AGGCUGUCCCAAGUCACAUCUGUCUAGUGUUUCACUCUGAUUCAAGCUAACCCAGGGCUACAAUAAAUCUAACUUUGUGCCCCACCCUAAACAAAUCCACUUCGCUGCUAGAAAGGGGAAAAAAAAGUGAAUAAACACCUUUUUUUCUGUUGAGUGGAAUUCACUCUCCAGCAGGUCCUGUCUGUGCUGGAUGCUAUUAAUCUGUGUUGUGGAAUUGGCUGCCAGACAGAAAGGAGAAACUCAGAUCACUGAGGUGAAACCUUCACAAACAUUGCUGCCUUAAACCCUGGGAUUGGAAGGGAUUCCGGAGCGGGAAUGUGGAGAUUUGGGAUAACUGUAUUGUGAAGAUUGGGAUCCCAGCUGCUGCACCCUAGUAUUCACCCCUAGGCAGGCCUAAGGUAGAAGACUAUUCAUAAAAACACCAUCUGCAUUCUGGGAUUUUGGGCAGUUAUAUGAACUGGCUUUAGUGCACGUGAAUUCAGCUGAUUACUUCCAAAUGACGGUGAUGCUUCUGGCGCUAGGCUGGUAAUACUCUGCUCUGACUGUGGCAUGAAAAGGUCUGCCAGGCUUCUGGUUGGUGCACACACACAGCUAUAGAUGAGAAUUGUGGAGGAGCAGGAAAAUGAAGAUUCCAUUGCUAUUAGCUAUUUUUACUAUCAUGCUGAAGCCUGCAUUCCUGUUACGAAGGCCCAAACGGCAAAGUGACUUUUGGGACAAUUGGGGAGAAUGGAAAGAGUGCAGCCGUACAUGUGGGGGCGGAGUAAGCUUCAGAGAGCGCCAGUGCUACUCCCGCAGGGCAGAUGGGGGAUCGAAUUGUAUUGGACCAACCAAAAACUACCGUUCUUGCAAUGUACAGGAAUGCCCUGACGGCUCUCGUGAUAUCCGUGCAGAGCAGUGUUCAGAAUAUGAUGGAAUGGAAUUCCAAGGCAAGAGGUACAAGUGGCUUCCAUAUUAUGGAGCAUCCAAUAAAUGUGAGUUGAACUGUAUCCCCAAGGGAGAGAAUUUCUACUACAGACACAAGAUGGCUGUGCUUGAUGGGACCCCAUGUGAGCCUGGAAGAAGAGAUAUAUGCAUUGAGGGUGUGUGCAAGACCGUUGGUUGUGACAACAUACUGGACUCUUCCAAAAAGGAAGACAUGUGCUUGGUGUGCGGAGGAGAUGGCAGGUCAUGUUACGAGGUCAAAGGACAGUAUGAAUCACCUGUUUUGUCAAAAGGAUACAGUCAGCUUUUCAUCAUUCCCUCAGGGGCUACCAGCAUCCAAAUUAAGGAAGUUCUCGCUACAAGGAAUUUCCUAGCCAUAAAGAAUAUCCGUGGAGAGUAUUACCUGAAUGGAUACUGGACCAUCGAAUUCAGUCGGGCUCUGCAUGUUGCUAGCACAGUCCUUCAUUACUAUCGAGCAGCUGAGGGAGAUCUAGCCCCUGAGGUUAUAACUGCCAGAGGCCCAACCACUGAGCCUCUUGUUGUGGAGCUCAUAGGACAAGAGCCCAACCAAGGUGUUCAGUAUGAGUACUACCUGCCCAACCAGGCUAACACAGAUGAUUACCAAUGGAGUUACAGUUCUUGGAGCGAUUGCAGUGCAGAGUGUGGGGGAGGUUAUCAGACACGUCUGGUGUUCUGCACUAUAGACAGUGAAGCUUAUCCAGACAUUAUGUGCAAGGAGAAGCCUUCUCCAUCCAGGAACAGGACCUGCAAUAGCCAGCCUUGUCCACAAAUGAAACGGAUGUCUCACAUAUAUCCGCCAUCAAUGUGGAGCCGAGCAGGGAACACAAAAAUGACCAGCUGGAAAAUAAAUGAGUGGGGACCAUGUUCAGCAACCUGUGGGGGUGGAACCCAGAGUCGCUCAGUGUACUGCGUCACAUAUGAAGGACGGGCUUCCCAGCAAGUUGUUCCAGAUGCAGAAUGCGCAGCAUUCACAGAAAAACCAGCUUCCCAAGAGGUCUGCAAUCUUCGCGCCUGUGCAAAAUGGAGUUUGGGACCAUGGACAGAGUGUUCCACAGAAUGUGGGGAAGGCAUUCAGAAACGCACUGUAUCGUGCACAACAGACUCUGGGGCUGUCGUACAGGAUAUUGCCUGCCUUAUGCAGAUGAAGCCACCAGAUACCCAAUUAUGUUACGGGGAAAACUGCGUUCAAGAAAUCGGCUGGCACAUUGGAGAGUGGGGGCUGUGUUCAAAGAGCUGCAACAAUGGCAUCAGGAAGCGCCAGGUGAUCUGUGCCGACAACGAUCGUAACUUCUAUGAGCCUGAGACUUGUGAAGUGCAUGAACCAGAGAAGCCUUCUGUGAUUGAGAGCUGUAACAUGCAGCCCUGCUACCUGCAACAGCAGGUUGCCAGCAUGCAAGAUACAUGGGGCUAUGAUAAUUCAGAUCAGUUUUCACUGACCCGAUAUAAUCAGCAAGGUUCCACACAGAACCACAGACCCGUCAAUCGAAAUAACCGAAAUGAAGACAACUCUAUUCCCAAUUACCCCAGAGACUGCCGGCAGAACAGAUUUGGUUGUUGCCCUGAUGGUGUAACAGAAGCUCAGGGCUAUAACCAUGAGGGAUGCCCCCAGAAUCAUGCGGAUGCAAAUGUUGGAAGGAACGAGAGAGCUGAUCCUUCUCCUGGAAUUCCAUCUGAAGAAUGCCGGGCUUCUCAGUUUGGAUGUUGCUUUGACAACAUAAAUAAAGCCACUGGUCCUGUGGGUGAAGGGUGCAGAAGUAAACCAAGUUAUCCAUAUCCUACCAUUUGUCUGCUACCAAGUGCUACAGGAUCGUGCGCUGAUUGGUCAACUCGUUGGUACUUUGUGCCUGAAGUUGGAAAAUGUAAUCGGUUUUGGUAUGGCAACUGCCAUGGGAACAAAAAUAACUUUGCCACAGAGCAGGAGUGCAUGAGUUCUUGCCAGCAGAUACAGGGCAGGAACUCUGGUAAUGUGGAGUAUAGGUACCGCAAGGGAGGCAUGAAAUGGGACCGAAUGACACACAUCCAUUCAGGGGCCCCAGGUGAGGACGUGCCAGUGGAAGAGAGAAGAGAUCAUAAUCAAGGGAUGGUCAAAACACUUGACCAAGAUCUUGAAGGUCGUCAUCUUGCUGGUCAUAGCCAUGGAGAGAGCAGCACUAGCCACAUAAGAAAUGGAGAUAUCACAGAAAGACAUAAAACUAAAACAGACACAAACACCUCUCAGCAUUCUUCAGUUUACAGCAUUAUUCUGGACAAGGUCAAAUUUUCAUCCAUGGAGACCAUUAGAGGACAGACGGCUCACCUGCCCUGCCAAGUCAGUGAUUACCCCUUUAGUAAUAUUGAAUGGCAGAAAGAUGGACAAGCUCUCUUGCCUUCCAGCAAAUACAUUUACAAUCCAGAUGGCUCUCUGGUCAUCAAUAGAGUGCACUCAGAAGAUGCAGGGGAGUACAAGUGUUUGGCAUCCAGUGGGAGCCGGAGAGAGAGUCAUCGAGUGCGACUUCAAGUGAAAGAUCUGGGGGCACAGGGAGCUCAAAGAGUCAAUGCUUCUCAGGCAACCAAAGACACCAGAAAUCAGCCCCUGCAUUCAGACAGGAGGGGAUCAGCUAAAACUCCCUUGGUAAUAGAUGCAAGUCUUGGACACCGCACAAGGCUUCCUUGCCUUCUGGAGGUUCAUUCCAGCACAAACGUUGAGUGGCAGAAAGAUGGAAAACCACUGUCUUCUCCGAGGCACAGGAAGCAAUCUGAUGGCUCACUCACUAUUAGCCGCAUGAGUCCAGAUGAUGCUGGCAUCUACACAUGUACUGCAACAACCAGGGCUGGCCAAGUGGUGAAGUAUAUCCAGCUCAAUAUCAGAGGAGAACUGAAAAUCACUGGCCCACCAACUAGUCUUACAGUGUCCGAGGGUGAAAAGGCAGAACUACGCUGCGUUGUUAGUGGUCAAAAUGCAAAUAUACAAUGGUCAAGAAAUGGUCUACCUGUGCGAUCAGAUUGGCAUCACACCCACGUGUCUGAGGAUGGUACUUUGAUCAUUCGUAACACAAAGGCUGCAGAUGAGGGCUCAUAUACAUGCAACGCAUACAACGGUGCCCACUCUGUUAGUGCCAGUGCUGAUAUCAGGGUGCAUAAGAGCAGACCAACAGCACCUCCAUUAAAACUAUUAGAAAGGCAUGGAGAAUGCAUAGACCACCCAGACCUGGCCAACUGCGACCUCGUUGUCUAUGCUAACCUCUGCUCAAAUGAGUACUACAACAGCUUCUGUUGUGCCAGCUGCUCCAGGCACUGACCCCCACACAACUCAGCAUGGCACCAUGGUACAGACAUUGCCUUAAACUUUCUACAAGGAUCAUAACCCAGCUGGAACAUCCAAGAAACCUGUGCCUGGACAUUGCUCAAUGAAAGAUCAUUACUUGGUUUGGAUCCUUACUGACUGGUUGUAGAUAUUAAUUUUCAAAUGCAGCGUUUAAAGCCAAAAGAAGCACAAUAUAUAAAGAGUGUUUAAUUGCUACAUGUUUAAAAUGUCUACAGAUUAGUGUUUGGGGGAAAUGUAUAUAGGAGUAAAAACAGAGACCAGCUCAUCAAUGCCCAGAGCAGAGAGAGGCAGCCUUUGCCACUGCAUGUUAACAGCCAUUGAACUUUAGAAUACCAUCUUGCAGGAUAAUGGGGGUUUGGACCCACAGAAAUUGUGGCAUUAAAGGAUGCCUGUUAUCAGUCUAAGGAUAAUAAAUGUUUUGUUGGUCUACAACUCCCAGGAGCAGAUCAUGCUGAGUGCAACCAUGUGUUUAAUACCAUGUGUUUAAUUAACUGUUUUAGCCAGAUACAGAAAGUCACCUCUCUUAUGUUUUUGGGAGUCUUCUAGAUUUAUUUUACUGGCAAAGCAGAGGCAUAAUUGGGGUGUAAUAGGUGCAAGGCUAAAAAUCACCCCAAAUGGCUGAUGUCUCUGAAAAUACAUGGACCAGAGUGAAACAGGACAUGAUUAGUCCCUUAAUGCAGGAGUGGAGGAUACCUGAGACCAUACAUGUUAUGGGUAAGACAAAGAGUCUAUGUUUAUAUAUUGGGCCAUAAGUGUGGCGGUUAGUAGCACUGCUUGUUUGUUUUUAAUUUCAUUUGUAGAAAUGCUGGAAUCUAACACUUUGGGUACAAGUGUUGCUGGGAUGAAGCACAUAGAUACUAGCCAUUAAUAUAUACACAUAUAUUGUGCAUAUUGUACUAUGCAAGAACAAGCUGGAUUUCACUUCUGCAUUCACCAUGCAGUUCUAUUUCAGUUAGUAGCUGUACAGAAAUUAUACAAAUCUACUCACAUUCCUGCUCUCAUAAAUGGAUUUUUACAUUGCAGUUAGGUGUUUUGGAUACUUCUGGUAAAGACGGGGUUACAGAAUUAAAGUGAAUUUUAACAAACCUUUUUUUAAUCUCUCUUUGUGACCCCUCAAUAUGGUAUGCAUAGACUGACCAUUGCCCUGUUUGUAAAUAAAGUGUGGGUGUAUUAGCUAUUA